AUGGCCAGUCUGAAUGUGUCCCUCUCUUUCUUUUUUGCUACCUGUGCCAUCUGUGAGGUGGCUAGGAGGGCAUCUAAAGCCCUGCUCCCAGCAGGUACCUAUGCCAGUUUUGCCCGGGAGGCAGUGGGUGCAGCCCAGCUGGCCGCCUGUUGCCUAGAGAUGCGAGUGCUGGUGGAGCUCGGCCCCUGGGCUGGGGGUUUCGGGCCCGACCUGUUGCUGACCCUGGUGUUCCUGCUUUUCCUAGUGCAUGGGGUCACCUUUGACGGGGCCUCUGCCAACCCCACUGUGGCCUUGCAGGAGUUCCUCAUGGUGGAGGCGUCGCUGCCCAGUACUCUGCUGAAACUGUUGGCCCAGGUGCUGGGCGCGCAGGCCGCCUGUGCCCUGACCCAGCGCUGCUGGACCUGGGAGCUCAGCGAACUACACUUGCUGCAGAGCCUCAUGGCUGUACACUGCAGCUCCACCCUGCGGACAUCCGUGCUGCAGGGCACGCUGGUGGAGGGCGCCUGCACCUUCUUCUUCCACCUGAGCCUCCUCCACCUGCAGCGCAGCCUUCUUGUCUACAGGGCACCUGCCCUGGCCCUGCUGGUCACGGCCAUGGCCUACACAGCUGGGCCCUACACAUCUGCCUUCUUCAAUCCUGCCCUGGCUGCCUCUGUCACCUUCCACUGUUCUGGGAACACCUUGCUGGAGUAUGCCCACGUGUACUGCCUGGGUCCUGUGGCAGGGAUGAUCCUGGCUGUCCUACUCCAUCAGGGCCACCUCCCACGCUUUUUCGAGAGAAAUCUGUUCUACCGGCAGAAAAGCAAAUACCGAACCCCUAGGGUGAAGCCGUCCCCAGGUUCUGUGGAUACCAAGAUGCUCAAAGGGGAGUAGUGGUAAAGGGCUGUGGCCUAUGGGUACUAGGGCAGCAGCCACUGGGGAUCUGGAUGAGCUGCCUUGCUCACUGAAGCUUCAGUCACCUCCUGAGUCUUCUGGUCUCCCCUCCACAAAGUCAUUUGCCAAUAAACCAUUGUUAAGACCCA